AUGCCCGAAGACGAAAAGGCGAAGAAGGAGAAGCUCGCUGCGGCGAGGAAGAAGGUCGAGCAGAUGAAGAAGCAAAAGGCCAAGCAGGCUGCCGCAAAGAAGGACACAUCUGCCGACGCGAAGGCCGAGACGCCCGAGAGCAGCAGCGCAGUGGCCGAUGAGCCUUCUGCUGCCGACGAAAAGCCGCCCGUGAACGAUGCCCCCGAGGAGGCGGAGGCAGAGCCGGAACCGACGCCCGCGUCGCCGUCCGCCGGCCCGUCUUUAUCACAACAGUCCAAGACGAGGUCCAAGUCCUUCCGCGCUGGAUCCAUCUCCGCGCCGGGCCCUCUGUCGCCGGGAUUGACGAUCCCAGAGGGCGAUACUGCGCCAGAGAUCUACCGCAAGCAGGUUGCGCGGAUAGAAGAGCUCGAGAAGGAGGUCAAGCGCCUGGUCGCUGCUGAGACGAGAUGGCGGAAGAUGGAAGAGGAGCUGGCCGAUCUCAGGGAGGCAGAGGGCAAGGCGUCCGGCGGUUCUGAGGUCGAGAAGCUGAAGAACGAGCUUGCAGCUCUUCAACGCCAAAACUCGCAGCUCCACGCACAGGUCUCCCGCAGCAGCGCGACUCGGCAUGGAUCCUCGCCGUCCAUCUCCAUGAGCAGCCCUCCCAGCUCCGAGCUCGAGGCACAGCUUCAGUCAAAAUCCAACACCAUCGAGACCAUGGAGCUGGAGAUGUCUCGCCUGCGCGCACAAGUGGAACGGCUUGCCAUCUCGACGAGCGGUGCUGGCGACUCGGAGCAGGUCACCGCGCUAGAGGAGAAGCUCGCCCGCUCAGAGAAGGCCGCCGCGCUCGCGCAGCGCGAGCUAGCCGACUUGAAGGGCAACCUGGAGCGCACAUCGGCCAAAGCAGUCAAGGAGAGCAGUGAGCGUGUCAGUGCGGAGACGAAGCUGAGGACGCUGGAGCGCGAGCGCGAGGAGGUGGGCACUGCGCGGGACGAGCUACAGAAGAAGGCGGAGGGCCUCGAGAAGAAGGUUGCGACGUUGACGACGCUGCACAAGGAGCAAGACGCGAGGAUGCAAACGCUCCGAAAGGACAAGGAGAAGGCAGACAAGGAGCUGGCAGAUCUAAGAAGCGAGGUCGUCAAGCUGCGCAAGAGCGACGCCCAUGACCGUGGUGGCACAGAUGACGACCAUCUGGAUGAGCUUGAGAAUGAAGAGCGGCUACGGCUGGAAAAGAAGGUCCGGGAGCUGGAAACGGAGAACCACGAUCUUAGACGCGGUAUCUGGCACGAGCGGAGAAAGGAGAUGCAAGUUGGUCCGGACGAUACCAGUCCCAGUGGCCAAUUCACAGAUGUUGAUCUCGGCGGUGGCUUGCUAUCGCCAAGUCUCAGGAAAGGAGGCGGUGGAAUUACGGAUUUCUUCACUAGCGGACUCAAUGCCCUAGCUGGUGGUGGGCCCAGUCACGGAAGUGACCACGAGGGCUUGCUUGAGGACGACGACAUGGAGUUCGACGAGGAGGCAUUCCGCAAAGCUCAGGAGGAGGAUGCUAAGAAGCGCAUUGAACGCAUCAAGGAAAUCAAGAGAGGUCUCAAGAGCUGGGAGGGUUACAGAUUGGAUCUUGUGGAGUCAAGACAUGGAAGUAGUGAAGGCUUUGGAGAGAUAUUCGAGAUCAACAUCAACGGUGCUGUGGGGAAGCAAAUAGGUGGAAGUGAGACCCGUAUCGAAGGGCGAGGAAAGCGCACCAUCGCAGUCCGUAAAAUGGACCGCGUUUCGCAGCAUCAGAUGCAGCAGCUUGGCCAGCAACCGCUGCCGGGCACACCGCAGCAGCAACAGCAACAGGCUGGCGAGCGGCAGGUUACUAUCGACGCGCGCCGCUUCGAGCGGCUCGAGUCCAAUGUCGCCAAGCUGCUGGAGUUGACCCAGCUCAUGCUCAACCGGCAGCAGGAGCUCAACGACCGGGCGCAGGCGCGCGUGGACACGCUGCAGCAGGAGGUCGCGUACGCCGAGGAGCGACUGCAGCUUGCGCUCGAGGGGUCCGAGGAGGAGGACGACGACGACGACCGCGAGCCGCCCGACAUGGCGUACCCGCCGCCGGGGAUGCAGUUCCGGCCCAACUUCGGGGCCAAGAAGCCGCUCGAGGGCCUGCUGGACAACCUGAACCUGUGGGCCAAGGAGCACGGCUACAAGUGCGCGACGCUGCGCAGCACCCAGAAACCGGGUGAGCGCGUGCGCGUGGCCAUCCGCUGCGCCCUCGGCGGCGAGGCCCGCUACAAGACGACCGACGAGAACGGCGAGACGCUCAUCCGCACCAAGACGGGCCAGCUGCGCAAGCCGUACCGCAAGCGCACCAGCAAGAAGACCGGCUGCCAGUUCGGCUUCAUCCUCGGCGAGACGGGCCAGAACACAAACAUCUUUGAGGUGAGGUAUCACCCUAAUGGAUGUCACCCGCACAACCAUGAGCCCAUGGACUUUUAA